GCAUACCAGUAUCUUCGCGUCUCCAACGCCUGCUGUGUCGGCAAUGCUGGAAGCUGCGGGGCCAGCUGGGACCUCUAUGAGGUGGAAGUCUAUGGGAGAAGCGACGGAGGGAUCAACAGCAAGAUAUUUCCUUCGGUCGUUUCUGACUCGGGAGUGGGGAAGGGGAGAUCAGCAUCCUUGGCCGUGAACAACAACUUGGAGGACUGGUGGGAAGGCGACUACGACGUAGGUCUCAGCUGCAGCUGCUGGGACGAAUCCAAAGUAGGUGGCCAGUGGAUGGUUCUGGAUUUGGGCGCGCCUGUCCCGGUAUCCAAGAUCCGGAUCCAUCAAGGCGGUUGGGGGAAUGAGUACGCCGUGUCGCAGGUGCAGUUGGAGUGCUCGAACACUCAGAACUUUGUGGAUCCCGCGUUGCGUUUCGAGGUGUCUAAGGAAACCACGACCCUCGAAUGUAACUCCAGCAGUUGCGAGAUCACGGAGUGCCAUGGAAGCAGCUGCUCCUUCGCCUCCUACUGCAACGCUUCUGCAGGCCUGAGCUCGACGGUCUUGAUCUCUUCCCCGUUCUCUCUGCUGGCCAUGGUGCUGGCACUCCUGACGUAG